UAUAACACCGUAAAUGCCAACAUUGUGGGGCAAACGGCGAAUGACGGAAGCAGUGACACAGUUGUUGCUGCCCUCCUGCGGCCACAGGCCUCCUGUGUGUGGAUACUUGUUGCCGUAACAGCUAGCCGCGGCAGCCAGUGAGUUGUAUGUACCAGCAGCCGUAGCAGUAGCUGGAAAAGUCGUGCUCCGUCCACACACCAAUGACAGGGACACUAAACGCAGAGAUAUGCGCAUGGUUAUCGAGUGAUAAUUGGCUGCUUUUUCUGACCGUUAUCGCUAACGCUCCGUGAAGGCAUCUCUGAUCUGAACUCUCGGAUAUGGAUCCUGAACGGCAGAAAAGAAGAGAGGAGAUUCAGAGGGCAAUGAGCUUUAUCCAGUCUUCAUUGCCUUUCCCAGAGCCAGAGAGCUAUGAGGCAUUUCUGACUCAGUUGGUGUGUAACUUGCUGGAUGAAGGGAAUUCAUGUUUUCGGGAUGGAGACUGGCUUCAAGCAACCCAACAGUAUGGAGAGGGGAUCAGUGUUGCUCGCUACGCCCAGGCUGAGGCUCUUGUCAUCCCCCACGAGCUGCUUGAGAGCCUCUAUGUCAACAGGGCUGCUGCCUACUACCAAAUGAGGGAGUAUGAGCGUGGUGUUCAGGACUGUGACAGUGCACUGUGCGUAUCAGAAGGAAGUCGCAGGGCUCUGUACCGCAAAGCACUCUGUCUGAGGGAGAUGGGACAGCUCAGAGAGGCUUACACGUGUGGAACCAAGUGUCUCCUCACAGCACCAAAUGACAGGCAGGUGAGUGACUUGGCCCAGGAUCUAGCCAACAAACUGGGACUGAAGGGUCGUAAAGCCUACGUCAGCCCACAGACAGAGUCCACAGCCACAGAAGGUGACAGUCAUGGGGAGACUUCCCCACCCACUGGAGAGAUGUCCUCCAAUGGAAUUGAAUCUCUGGGUGACAUCACACCAGCUGACCUCUCCAGCGCACAGUGCAUCCCCGCUCCUUUGGCCACUCCUAUUCCAGUUAGUGAUGACCCAGCGACCACUGUGGUAACGUCGUGCACUGACUUGUCAGAGAGCCCCAGCAGCCAGGUGCCUCCCAUGCAAUACUCUGUCCCGGUGUCAGAGCACAUGGAUGAAUGCAGCAUCAUGAAGGAUGAGCUGGACAGCCUGUUGGAAUCCAUUCCCAAGAAAGUCAGUGAGAGUCCAGUGGGUGCUAUCCCUACAAACCUCCCGAACACAGCGGUUGGUCUCCGGCCUCCUUACUCACCCAGCCUUCCACCCCCUUCAUCCCAGCUUCCCCAAGCCUUCUUUAGCUCCUCGAUCAGUGACAUGCCCCCUCUGGAUCCUUACUCAUCGCUACGGGACCAGGGCUCCACCCAGGCGCAGGACGCACUGGGAGGCUUUUCCACAAUGUCUAUGGAAGGAGAAGGGAAGGCAGGAGUCGCCGCUGGCGGACUCGACUCAUUGUCUGAGUACACUCUCCCUGGGGGACGAGUGUCUCACAGCUUCAUCCCUGGAAUGCGCAACCACAGUGCACAUGCAAAUGGUCCAGCAGGAACCAACCUGUCACUGCUCUCCAGGAAUCCUCUGGCUGCUACACACGAGUUUCGGCAGGCCUGUCAUGCCUGUUACAGCAGAAUAGGUCCACGAGUGAUGGACUACAAGUACCAGCCAGAGGCAGCACAUCGCUGUAAAAGAGAUGUGCUGCUGUGUCGCCUUAAAAACUCAGAAGACCCCACCUGGAAGAGGAUUCGGCCCCGGCCUGCACGGAACAAUUUCCUGGGGGCUUUUGUACUCUGUAAGGAGGUACAGGAGCGUCAGGAAUGCCAGUAUGGGGAGAACUGUACAUUUGCGUACUGCCAGGAGGAGAUCGAUGUGUGGACUCAGGAGAGGAAGGGCGCGCUGAGCCGAGAGCUACUGUUUGAUCCACUGGGCAGCACGGAGCGGCGGGCACUGAGCGUCACCAGACUGCUGCAGCUCCACAUGGGCAUGUUCAUGUUCCUCUGUGAGGAAUGUUUUGACAGUAAACCUCGCAUCAUCAGCAAACGCAGCAAAGAAAACUUGGCGGUCUGUUCAAACCUCACCGCUCGACACCCGUUCGACGAUAACAAGUGCCUGGUGCACGUGGUGAGGUCAGCCAAUGUGCGCUACAGUAAGGUGCGUCCUCUGCACCCCCUCUGCCAGUUUGAUAUUUGCCGGCAUGAGGUCCGCUAUGGCUGCCAGCGCGAGGACAGCUGCUCCUUUGCUCACUCUGUUAUAGAGCUCAAAUGCUGGGUUCUGCAGCAGGACACUGGUAUCACCCAUGAAGAGAUGGUGCAGGAGUCCAAGAGACACUGGCAGCGGCUGGAGCAGAAUGCACAGAAGCAGCAGAAGCCUAUCCAUAUACCCCAUCCGAGCAGCAGCGUACCUGUGGGAGGGCUGGGGGGAAUAGGGGGUGGUGGUGGAGUAGGAGGAGAUGGCAUGGGUGGUGGCGGCGUAGGUCCAGUCAGUGGGUUAGGAGCAGGAAGAGGGCGCCCGCUCAACCUGAAAAUGAAGUUUGUGUGCGGUCAGUGCUGGAGAGAAGGUCAGGUCAACGAGCCGGAUAAGAACCUCAAGUACUGUACUGCCAAGGCACGGCACAGCUGGACAAAAGAACGCAGAGUAUUGCUGGUAAAAUCAUUUGAGAAGAAGAAGUGGGUUGUUGUCCGGCCUCUCCCCUUCUCCCGCACCUAUCCACAGCAAUAUGACAUGUGCGUGCAUGUGAUGAAGCAGAAGAAGUGCCACUAUAUUGGGAACUGCUCUUUCGCCCACAGUCUUGAGGAGAGGGACGUCUGGACGUACAUGAAAAACAACAGCUUGAGAGACAUGCAACAGAUGUAUGAAUUGUGGCUGCAGCUCACCAAUCAGAGUAGACGUUUGGAUAACUCUGCUGUGACCCCACCCCCAGAAGAUAAGCAGGUCACCAUAACAGCAGAUUACACAGAAGGCAUGGGAGGCCGGCAGUUAUCGGAUGGGGACGACCUUUAGGCGAUGCUGUGUUGACUAGAAGCAGUCGAUCGCCGCUGAACUGCAUACGGAGAGAUGGGCAUGCCACACCAGCUACAACCGAACAGUUUGUCGUCUUACCGGUCUGAUCUACUCUAACAUCUAGCCAGCAGCAAGAAAGCAGAUUGACACAAAAUAAAAAACGAUUGAACCCACCCUCACACAAACAUUUUACACACAAAACACAAAUCGCGGGAGCCAAUUCAAGCUUUGUAAAUACAGUGUAGGUCUUUAGUCUUUUGUUUGCCUACCAUGCUGCAGUCACAUACGACUCCUUUAGUUUUCCCCUCAGCAGAUUGUACCACAGAAAUUCCACAGACAACUUGUUUUGCAUUGAAUAAAAUAAGUGUUUCCCAGCAGCUUUGUCCACCAGAAACCAUUGUUUUUUUGUUUGUUUGUUUUUCUUUCCUAAAUCCUUGUUGCACUGGAGCAAUUCUUGGGUGGGCGCGCUGGUCGCAGCUCUUACAUUUUUCUUGCUGAUAGUUCAAAAACCCAAUAAACGCUCACCACUUUGGGGUGCAAAAACUCUCAGUGCUGUAACGGCUGUCAAAACUGAAGAAACUGUAAAGCACUGGAAAAAAAGAGUUUCUGGUGGACAUGCCUCGCUGAGCUCUGCAACAACCAAAUCCUACUCUCCUUCCUUUGUGGGGAUACAGUGAGAGGAUCAGAACAAAUUAAAUUGAUUUUGAACAUUAUUUUUUUUUCUUCCUUCCAAGGAGAGUAACACUUCCUUGUUGUAUUGUCUGCCAUAUUGGUAGAAAGCUAUGAAUGUAAUGCCUUCAUUGGCCUUCAUAAAGAGGAAAAUUAGUCAUCUAAAACGUUGCUGUGGUAGAAUGUAUGUAAGUAUAUGCCCCCAAACUUGUGUAAUUACAGUUCACACCCCUCUUUGAUUAAAAAAGGCCCCUUAAUAGCUGGUUGUGUAAUCAUACCAACUGUUCUUGCGUGGGAUGAGCACAGACACACACACACUCUUACCUUUUUACCUUCUGCCCAUAGGAGAAUCAAUUUGCAUGUCAUUUCCUCUCAGGUUGGCAAAAGCGGGGGCUAAAAUGAUGCUUUCACAACAUAGCUGAUCAAACACCUGGAUUAAAUUACAUAAGGCUAAUGGUUCGGAGUCCUCGAGGGGAUGUUCACCAUAAAAUACUGUGCUGGCAUGCAGCUGACAGACGGGUGAAGCUGGUGUAGGAGAACUACCGAGAAGUGACUGCAGCACUUCAAUCCCAGCUGGAGCUGCUCUUUGCAAUGGAUCAGACGGCAGAUGGCUGGUUUAAAAGUAAUGACCUCACUUGAACCGAAGCAAAGGGAAAAUGUUGCUCAUGCAGAAUAUUUGAGUUGUAGGAGUGGGGGGAAAAAAAAAAAAAAAAAGCUUUGUAGUACUCCAAGAAAAGACAAGUC